AUGGCCACAUUACCGCCAACAGCUAUCGCCAACGUCCUGGACGACCUCGCUGCACUGCAGGACCAGUCGAGCGAGAGUCUAACCGAGGCGUUGUAUACUUGUCACCAGGCACAUCAAGUCUACACGCACUGCGGCGCCGUCAUUGUCGCACUCAAUCCCUUCGAGACUGUGUCCGGUCUCUACGGGAGCCAGAUCCAGCGCUCAUUCCACAACACAUCCCCACCAAAGCAGCCUCCGCAUGUGUACGCCGUCGGCGAGAACGCGUACCGUGCGCUGUUAACCGGCGACAAGACAAAUCAGACCAUUGUCAUCACGGGCGAGAGUGGCUCGGGCAAGACCAUCUCAUGUAACCACAUCAUCGAUUACCUUGCUGCGCGAGGACAGGCCGAGGAAGGACUUUCGGAGAAGUUGACAAAUGCUGGUGCUGUCCUAGAGGCGUUCGGCAACGCGCCAACCGCACGUAACCACAACUCGAGUCGAUACGCCAAAGUUGUCAACAUCCACUUUGGCCCCAAUGGAGGUGCAGUCGGCGCUUCGGUAUCGACCUUCCUUCUUGAGCGUGGUCGAGUGACGGACGAGAAUCCCUUCCACAUCAUCACCGCACUCCGCCAGUACGACGCGACGGGCGCAUCCGAUCGGUUUGACAGCGUCUGCAAGGCGCUCGUUGACGUUGGCAUCCACACCGAGGCGCAGGGGCGUAUCUGGGAAAUCCUGCGUGGUAUAGACUGCCUCAUGCGGGGCGACGACGUCGGGGCGGCAAAGUCCUUCGGCAUCGACGCCUUCAACCUCCGCGAGGCUAUUAGAAACCGCACAGUCAAGGUCGGCUCGGACGUGUUCAACAAGCAGCGCGAAGGCGCCGAGCUCCAGGCCGCGCGUCACGGUCUCGUACGCUCGCUGUAUGUCUGGCUCUUCGAGUGGAUCGUGCAGUGCAUCAACGUCGCUUUAGGUGCACCCUCGACAGACUACCCGUGCAUAUCGCUAGUGGAUAUCUUUGGGUUUGAAAGUUUCGAGGGGCGUAACUCUCUCGCCCAGUUCCUUAUCAACUGGGCCAACGAGCAGCUGCUCUGCCACCUGUCGCAGGACAUGCUCGAGCACGAGGCAGACCAGUACGCCGCUGAGGGGAUCAAGAUCGACCGCCCUCCUCAACUACCCUCUUGCCUCCCGUUACUGGUCGGCACGCCUGGCAAGCUCGGCCAGCCACCACAGCCGGGUAUCUCGUCCCUGCUCGACGACGAGACACGUCGUCUCGGACUCGGCAUGAAGAACGUCACCGACGAAGGCUUUGCUAGCAACAUCGCGAUCGAGUGCAGUCAUCACCAUGGCUACCUGCGAGCCUUAGCCGCGCACGAGUUCAAGGUCGCACACUACGCCGCAGACGUCGCGUACGACUCGCGCGGCUUCCUCGCGGCUAACUCUGAACGCGUCGACGUCAAGCUCCUCGAAGCGCUGGACAAGGGCGAGGCAUUCGUCCGCACACUCGUCGAAUCCAAACUCCCUUCGAACAACUCGAGGCAAAACCCCUUCACCUCUGUCGUCACGUCCUUCCGACAGUCGAUUCAAAAGUUGGACGCGUUACUUGCCAGUACCCACGUCCACUACGUCCACUGCAUCAAGCCCAACGAGAAAGCCAUGCCGAGGCUGUUUGAGCACGACCGCGUUCAGCUACAGAUGGAGGCAACAGGAGUGGCACACAUCUCACGCUUCGCAAGGGCUCACGGCCCACUCAAGAUCCCACGGGAGGAGAUGCCUUUCUACGCGCUGCUCCUGGGUUCCGGGUUCGACAACGCCGAGUUACCUACCGUUGUCGCACGGCUGAACGAACUCGCCGGCGAUUACGACGGCAUGGGCGUGCAGCUCGGCAACAAGCACGUCUUCUUCCGCUCACAGGCGAUGCAGCGGAUCCAGGAUGCGCUUGAGCCUCAGCUUACCGCGAUUAAGUCGUUCCAGACUGUUGCUAGGAUGAGCAUCGCGCGCAAGUCGUUCCUCACCGCGCGUGGGGCCGCCGUCCGCAUCCAGUCCCUCACGCGAGGCUACUUCACCCGCAAAGACUUCAAGGUCAAGCUCGAAGAGGCACGCGCCGCUGCCGCUGCCAAGGCCGCUGCCGAGAAAGCUGCCGCAGAGAAGGCUGCCGCGGAGAAGGCUGCAGCAGAAAAAGCUGCAGCAGAGAAAGCCGCUGCUGAGAGGGCUGCCUCUGAGAGAGCUGCCGCUGAGAAGGCUGCCGCUGAGAAGGCUGCCGCGGAGAAGGCUGCCGCUGAGAGGGCUACUGCCGAAAAGGCUGCUGCUGAGCAGGCCACAGAGGAGGCUGAAAAUGCUCGAGAGAUAUCUCUCGCGCAUGGAGUGGAGGAGGUUCCCGAGGCCCAGCUUGCCGAGGCCCAGCCCAACAGCGUACCUCCUGUGGUUGUCGCUGCUACUCUUGCCAACGGGUCACCAGACGUCAAGUCCAGACGACUUGAGGUCGAGGACGAGCGGCCAUCGACUCGCACCCCCGACUCAGCUGGCUCGUGCAGCACCGCGCCGACCACGGUCCCAGUCACGCCGCCCAAGCGUCGGUACACCAGAGACCUCUCACACGCUCGACUGUCGUCCUCGGAGUCGUUCCUCCUGGAAAACUUUACGCACCCGAGCAUCGACGUCGACAGCGUUGUGAUUGACAACUCCCAAUCUGUCGACGUCUCGCGCGACAGCUUUGACUCCACGGGCCAGUACAGUGUAAACAACAGCGUUCUUGGCGACUACGAUGAGACGACGUCGUCUUCGAUCCCGACCUCGAAUACCCACUCUGACCCACCAGCGAGCGCAUUACGCGACAUAAAGGGCAACCCGCUGACGGACUCGAGCUCGAUCGCUCAGCUCGUUUCCCACCUGCUCCACGCUGCCAACGACUUUGACUCGGCGAAGCGAGUCGGCCUGGUGCUCGGCUCCGUGAUCAGAUGGUACGACGCGGCGCGCCGCCGCUACAUCCCUGAGAUCAUCUCGGCCCAGUUCCUCAGCGCCGCGCAAUCGAGCGUCCGACGGCAGAGCGAGAUUCCGCAGCUCUGGUGCACCGCUGCCAUGGCGCACACGUUCCGCCUACAGCUGUCGCCCCAUCACCAGAUGGCCAAGCAGCUGGACCGCCUCCAGGACAGUGCGCUCGACAUCAUCCUCCAGAAGGUCUACCACAUAGCAGAGUUGGCGAUCAAGGCGGCGAUUGCGCCAGACUCUGCGCGUAAAAUGUCACCCGGAAGACCCAUGCUCGACACGUUGUGGGACGAGAUGUCCGAGUUCUCGGACGUAGUGCGCGACGUGACGGGCCGAACGAUCCUCGACCGCAUGUUCCAGAUCCUCAUCACGCGCAUCCUCACGAAGAAGAUCAAGAAGACCGAGGCGGCGCACGUCCUCGGCUCGCUGGGGUGGAUCUGCGAGUGGCGCAACGAGGUCGGACUGACCGAGUCGGCGAUCGAGAGCGUAGCUCUGCUAAUGCUCUCGUUCCUGGCUGGCAUAGAGAUUGUCGGCGACGAGGACCAACUGCAGGACCUCGAGGAGUCGAUGGACCGCCUGCUAUCGGCGAGAUUCAGCGAGAGCGCGCCAACCAAGGCGGCGAACGCGGCGUUGCGUCAAAUUGCGGAUGCGCCGCCAUCCAACCUCGCGAGCCAGCUUGGACAAGCAUUAAACGACGUUGUGGUGGACGAGAGCGCAGGCGAUGCAGCGGACCGGCUGGGCGAACACGUCAUCAGCAAGAAGCACGUCUAUGCGUUCCUCGCUUGGGUGGGGAGGGUGGGCAAACAGUAG